UGUGGAGAAGACCUUCAGCCAACAGUACUGGCUUUUCUCGGAAGGGAAAGAUCCAUCAAUUCUUAAGCCACUAAUAGGAAUCUAAUUGAUGUGUACAACAGAAUUAACAGCAGAUGAAAGUGACUAUUACCUGAAUAAUUAUAGUUCAUACAAUAUAUACACCUCGUGCUGACAUUUGAAAAGCUUAGGACACCCUAUAAGUGACAGACAGAGUCCACAUCAAAUAAUGGAAAUCCUGCAUACACGGUUCAGUUCUUGGACACCAAUUGAAAACAAAUCACUUAACAAUCAGCUUUAUCAGGAAAGAAUCAGACUUGUAAGCCACUGGUUUGACUUGUGGACAGACAAACAACGCAAGCAAUUUCUCUUCUUGAUAUUGAACCAGUGCAAUAAGUCACAGCUGAAGUGUGUUGAAAAAUGGCUUGUAGAAAAUAUCCCACUGACUCAUGUUGAUUUCACCACUCUGCUGCCGCGUUUCAUAUCUCUCUAUAUAUUCUCCUUUCUCAGUCCAAGGGAACUUUGUGCUGCAGCCCAAAUCAAUUGGCACUGGAAAUUUUUAACUGAACAGGACUGUCUGUGGAUGCCAAAAUGCCUUAGGUUAGGAUGGUUUCUUCCAUAUGUUCCUGAAAAGAAUGAAUAUGGCACUUGGAAGCGAUAUUAUAUUGCCUGUGCAACCAGCCUGGAAUAUUUAACUCCUAGGAGAAUUGCAUACCACAGCACCACUAGUGACCUCAAAACAAAAAUUGAAGAGCAAGAGGAAAGAUGGCAAGCAAAAUGUCUUACGAAAUUUAUUCGAGGAGAACUGGCAGUAUGCAAAAAGGAAUUAUUCAAAGCUCGUCCACCUUGGAUAAGUGGAACCCGGAGCUCAGGAUUUUACAAGUCUGGAUUUCCACCAGAUUUAUCCCAAUCUGUCUAUGACAAGGCUAAAUUAUCAGCCAAAUUAUUAAUGAAGAAUAAAUCUGCAUCAGGGUUCAGACUAGAAGCUGAGAAGCCGUUCAUAUUGUCGCCUGGGAAAUCUCUACCAGAAAGAAGGAAUAUUACUGGUAGCAGUUCUUGCCCCAACUUGUCUCAUAGAUUUUGUCAGCCUGUUUCCCAAGGGUACCCCAAUGGGAUGCAUUCACUCCAUCCACACCUGGUCUUAAUAUCCUCCCACCUUCCUGCAUAUGAGAUGAUUGUGGACAGUGUAAAGCUUGGCGUGGUUCUGGUAGUGUAUGAACAUACUGGGACCACACUGGAAAGCCUUAUUCAUUCAGUAGAAAGGGUCUUGGAUGGCCAAAUAGCAAAGAGUAUUGGGAUAAUUAGUGAUGGCGAUUCCAGAGAGAUUAACUUGCUUCAAGGUUACAACAUCAAUGCCCCAAAUCUUCUUAAACCUGAGGUGAGAGAGUUUUGGAAGCGCUUAAAAAGUUGCAUUAUCUCACCAGAAGAAGGUGGAAGCAUAGACCUCUUUGUUCCUCUGGCAGCUUCAGAGGCAGGAAAAGAGAUCCUUUCACAGCUGACUCAUCUAACUGGAGCAUUCUUCAGGACUCCCACAGGAAUAGCUACCGGGUCUUAUCAACACAUCCUCAGUGAAUGGCUGGGACAUCAGAAAGAAAGCCCUCCUCCGUUUCUCUAUCUCACUGAAGUAAAACUGCAAAUAUGGCUCAGAUUCACCGAGCUGCUGGAAGAGGCACUGGAUGUUGUCAGGCAAAAGCUGAAUCCAUAUUUUUUUGAUUUGCAAAAGAACAUGGCUGGCAAAAUUCUUGGUCAAAUUAUGUUUAAUACUAUGAGUUGGUCCAAUAUUCAAGACAAUGAAGGAAUAAUCCAGAUUUUGGCUAAUGGAUUAGUUGAACUCUCAAGAGGAAACCAUAUAGAUGAACCUCAAGAUGUGAUAGAGAAGCGCCAAAGCUUUGCCAGAGAACUUCUCUUGAGUGAGAGAAAUUACGUGCACAUUCUGGAAAUUGUGAAAGAUGUCUAUGUUAAACCAUUAAAAGCAGCAUUGGCAUCCCAUCAGGCCAUCUUAAGUGAUAUAAGUAUUCCACUCAUCUUUUCUGAUGUCUUGGACAUUUUACAAGUAAACAGUGAAAAGCAGGAUAGGAAGCUGGACAUUUCAGAUCAGGAGCAACUGGGUCGAUUUCCAAAUGAAAGUAUUAACACGAAGGUUAAUGCAUGGAGCCCUGCCCAAAACGUAGGAGACAUAUUCAUUAAGUUGGGCCAGCAGUUUCAAACCUAUGCAAAUUUUUUCAACAACUAUGCAGUGAUUCUGAAAACUAUCGAUAAGUGCCAAGAAACUAUUCCAGUAUUCCGUGCUUUCUUGAAGACACACGAUCGGACUGUGGUUACCACCAUGAGAAGCUUACAAGAACUUCUGCUCUGCCCUGCUAAGAGGGUCAAAGAAUACAUCACUCUCCUCUGUGCUCUUAGACUUCACACUCCUCAAGAACACACUGACCACGAAGACUUGGCCACUGCAAUUAAACAAAUGAAACAACUCAGUGCUUACAUAGACCAGUUGAAACUGAAUGUGGACAGAAAUGAUCAGCUGUUAAGUGUGCAACAAUGCAUCCAAGGAGGUCCUCAGUUACUGAAAGCCAGUAGAUACCUAAUUAUGGUGCAAGAUGUGGCCCAGCUAAAUUGUUCUCAGAGAAUGAAUUUGCCAUUCAGGUUGUAUGAGCAUACCCACGAUCUUAGGCUUUUCCUGUUCAAUGACAUCCUUGUUAUUUCACAAUGCAACAUCUCCUAUAAGCCCUUUGAACGAAUUCCCAAGGUCACGUACCAGUUUUUGACUACAAUCAUGCUCCAUCAGCUCCAGAUUGAAGACAUUCCAGAUUCUAAAUAUAUCAAGAAUGCUUUACUUUUACAAGGGCCCAAGCAGCAAUGGAUUUGUUCUACAGAUGAAGACAAGUUUGGAUGGUUUUCUGCAUUACAAAAAGCAAUCCACUGUAGUAUCAGUGAGCAUGUAAACUGAAUAAGGUAAUCCUCAUUUAGUGACUGCAGUUGGGAUGGAGAACUCAUUUAAGUGAAGCAGCUGCUAUGUGAAAUCCAUGUCUGUGUUUAUGAUCUUAUUUUAAAUGUUUUCCUGUGUUUUAUAUACCUACAAGAGUUGUAAAUGUGAUGAUUGGUCACAAAGUUUUCAUUUCUGGUGCAGCUGUGAAUGGUUGCUAUAUGAGGCAGUUGCUAAAUAAGGCCUAUCUGUAGUUUCCAUGUAUACUGCUCAUGAUUUAAUGAGCUCAUGACAUGAUGGAUGUAACCAUUAACUGCAUUAACCUUAUUAUAAACAAAUUUAGUGUGAAAUAAGUAUAUACAAUGAUUUAUCACAGGAGCAUGUGGUUGAGUCGUAGGUUUUGAACGUGAUUAAUAAAAUAGAUAUUAGACUUUUUAAAAGAAAUACUUCCUUAUCACCAAUAAAAUACAGCUUGCCUGAUUUUGGACUUUACGUAUGCAGUCAAAAAUUUAUAUCUGAAAAUUAUGCAGUAGAGAGUGUUUCAAACACUAUCACUAUGCUUUCAUCCGUAUCUUGCACAAGAACUUGGGUAGGCAUCUGCAACCCUUAUACGGAUUAGUGCUGGAGGAAUCUCCAAAUUAAAUAUUGUAUAAAAGCUGGAAUCUUUGGAUUUGAAUAUGAGAAUGUCAGGAUUGAGCAUGAUACUAUAUGGAGCAACACACUGUAACCAAGUGCUCAUGAGCUUCAAAAUAAAGUGAGAAUAAAAUGGUUUUGUUUCAAUGACUGAAUAUAAGGGAUAUAACUACUUUUCUAGUCCUUUCAUACAUUAGAAACAUGUUUGCAUGUAAAAAAAAUGUUUAGGAAAAUAAUAAAUUACACUUGCUAUGACUUGAUAUUCUGUUUAUGCCAUACAAUAUGUAGAAAGAGAUUAAUGAACCAUUAAUGUAAGUGUAUGAUGCAUUAUACUUUAUUUUGAAUAUAUUGAGUGUUUUGCAUUGCAGUGUUUUUUUUUUGUUCCUGAAUGUUUGAUAUUUUCUACUAAAAAGUUUGUUUCCAA